UUAUUGCUGCGACACACGGAAGAGACUCCAUUCGAGACUUGUUGUUGUUAUCCUGAGCUAACUGCCCACCAGACAGCUUCUUCAGUGUUUAAACUCAUUGUACGAGGAUGUCUUCAGACUUUGAGACCUACGAGCAGGACUUCGGAACUAUCACCGCAGAAGUAACUAACAAAAUCGGGAAAAUCCCUAAACUAAGUGGAGAGGAGAAGACACAGCUGGUUCUAAAUGUCGACAAGCAACUCGAAGAAGUCAGAGAGUUGCUUGAGCAGAUGGACCUGGAGGUGCGGGAGAUCCCCAUCCAGAGCCGAGCCAUGUACACCACCAGACUGAAGAGCUACAAGCAGGAGAUGGAGAAGCUCGAGAAAGACUUUAAAAGGUCACGUAUCGCCUACAGUGAUGAGGUGCGCAAUGAGCUCCUGGGGGAUGACGCCAUCUCCUCGGAGAGCCAGUUGAUAAAGUUGCGUGAAGAGAGAGCGCAUCUGUUGGACAACACAGAAAGGCUGGAAAGGUCAUCACGGAGACUGGAGGCCGGCUAUCAGAUAGCAGUAGAAACUGAACAAGUGGGGCAAGAGAUUCUUUCCAACCUUCACACUGAUCGUGAGAAGAUUCAGAGAGCCAGAGAAAGGCUGAGAGAAACGGACGCCAAUCUGGGCAAGAGUUCCCGCAUCCUCACCGGCAUGCUGAGAAGGAUCAUCCAGAAUCGCGUCCUGGUCUUCGUCCUCGGAGCCAUCAUUCUUCUCACCAUCAUCUUGGCCAUCUAUUUAAAUCUGCGAAGCCACUGAUCUCUGCCGCACAAUAACACCCCCCCCCCCCCCUCCCCUCUUCCUCCUUUCCUCUCAAAACAAAUAUAAACACACACCCAUGCGUGAUUAAUAGCGACAAAAGCGUUGUUCUGCUGUAAUUAGGACAAAUGGUACCCAUGAAUCAUAGUUUCCUAAGCCUGACAGCGAGCUUUUUUCCAUUUGACUUUCCUUUUUUUCUUCUGUAUUUGUUUCUUUUCUCUUUUCUUUUGUACUCAGGCUUUUUUUUUUUUUUUUUUGCAUUACCAUCUCUUGGGACAACAGUGGUGUGAAAUGUUUUUUUUUUUCUGAUGGGUAAAACUUUUCAUGUCAUCCUUAAUGUACGUUUGCAGCCCAGCUUGUCUUGGAACUUGGAAGCAAAUACAAACAUGUGCAUUUUUGCAUUAGUGUUUCCCACGUGUUGUGGACUUGCAUCGAAAGACGGAGUUCUGCGCAUUUUCAACAGUCGCAGUCAUGAGCUAGACGCCGUCAGACUACUACAACAAUAGUGAACAUGCAUACUGUAGUAUGUGAGAGCUUCUGCGACUAAAUGAGUCAGCUGUUUUCAUAAAGCAGCGGACAAGUAGACUCUUUGCACUCCAGCAUUACUUCUGCAAAGCCAAAAUGAUUUUGUUCAUACUUUGUAAA